AUGGCGGCGGCCGCGCUAAGGGACCCGGCACAAGGUAAUGUAACCUUUGAGGAUGUGGCCGUAUACUUCUCCUGGGAGGAAUGGGGUCUCCUUGAUGAGGCUCAGAGAUACCUGUACCACAGUGUGAUGCUGGAGAACUUUGCACUUAUAUCCUCACUGGGUUGUUGGUGUGGUGUGGAUAAUGAGGAGGUACUUUCUGCUCAGUGUGAUUUUAUGGAAAGAGUGUCACAAAUCAGGACCCCAAAGCCAGAUCCAUCAAACCAGAAGGCUCAUCUCUGUGACAUAUGUGUCCCUACCAUGCAAGAUAUUUUGUACCUGGCUGAGCACCAAGGAACACAUCAUAAUGGGCAGAAAUUGUACACAUGUGUGGCAUGUGGAAAACAAUUCUGUUCCAGUGCAAAUCUUCACCAGCACCAGAAAGAGCACAGUGGAGAGAAAUCUAACUGCAAAGAUAUGGACAGGGCCUCCUUUGUGAAGAGCUACAGAAUCCAUGCAUUACAGGAGCCCUUCAUCUGUGGGGAAGUUGGGAACAACUUCCUGACCAAUGUGGGUCUUCUUCAGCACCAGGUCACUCCUAAAGGAAUGCCACCACACAGUGUUACUGAGUGUGAGGAGGCCUUUCAGAGUGGAAAAAGUCACAAAUGUGGUGAAUGUGGGAAAACAUUCCGCCGCAAACGUACACUUGUUCAGCAUCAGAGAAUCCAUACUGGAGAAGGAUUGUAUGAGUGCUGUGAAUGUGGGAAAAACUUCAGCUACAAGCAUACAUUUGUUCAGCACAAGACAGUCCACACUGGAGAAAGGCCUUUUGAGUGCAGCGAAUGUGGGAAGGCCUUCAGGUUCAAAUAUAAACUUGUUCAGCACCAGCGUAUUCACACUGGAGAAAGGCCUUAUGAAUGUACUGAAUGUGGGAAAGCUUUUGGGUGUAAAUCCAAACUUGUUCGCCACCAGAGAAUUCACACUGGAGCAAAACCUUAUGAAUGUGCUGAAUGUGGGAAAUUCUUUAGACAGAGUUCCAGCCUUGUUCAACACCAGAGAAUUCAUACUGGAUCAAGGCCUUAUGAAUGUGAAGAAUGUGGGAAAUCCUUUAGCCAAAGCUCCAUCCUCAUUCAGCACCGUAGAGUUCACACUGGAGAAAGGCCUUAUAAGUGUGGGGAAUGUGGGAAAUCUUUUAGACAAAGCUCCAGCCUCAUUCAGCACCAGAGAGUUCACACAGGAGCAAGGCCUUAUGAAUGCAGUGAAUGUGGGAAAUGCUUUAGCCAAAGUUUCAGCCUUAUUCUACAUCGGAGAAUUCACACUGGAGAAAGACCGUAUGAAUGCAGUAUAUGUGGGAAAUGCUUUAGCCAAAACUACAGCCUCAUUCAACAUCAUAAACUUCACACUAGAUAAAGGCCUCAUGAGUGCAGCCAAUUCAGUUAAUAGUCUACUCUAAUUCAGCACCAAAAAUUUUGCAACCCAGAUAAUAUAAAUUCAGUCAAUGUGUGAAAGCCUUUAGCCAAAGAGAUAGCCUUGUUCAGUAUUUAGAUUCUUCAAACAUGCUUAUGUGAAUAGUUCAUUGUUUUUAUUGCUGAGUAUAGUUUGUUUCAUGGAUAUACCACUAUUUGUUUAUCUAUUCAUCUUUUAAUGAGCAUUUGGGUUGCUUUCAGUUUGGGGCUGUUACAAAGCUGCAUAUUUAAAACGUAUAAUUUGAUGUUUUGAUAUAUUCUUAAACUCUUGAAACCAAAAGUUUCUUUCUGCCCGGGCACAGUGGCUCAUGCCUGUAAUCGUAGCACUUUGGGAAGCUGAGG